UGCAAUUAAGCAGCAAUUGGCACCCAACCCCGCGCUUGCAAUCGGUCCCGUCGGUGCUGCCCAUGGGUUAGGAGCUAUCUAUCCAACGCCGCCACCACUCGGACCACCCUUGUCGCAAGCACACAACACGCACACACUUGUCACCAAGGUUAACCCCACCAUAGAGGUCGAGAUCACAACUUAUUCUCGGGCCGCUCCAAAAUUCUCCUCCGUGAGUCAACAAAAAAAAAGCGCGCCGACGACGUCCUAUACGACACUUCCACUGACCAGCUCCAGCCAUCCAGCAUCAUAUCAGUGUAUCGGAAAAUUUCCGGCGCCGCAAAACACGUAUUGAGGAUCCAGGCUCUCGCGGCGGUGGCUGCACAUACAUUCAUUUGGGACAUCUAAAUUAUUACACCGAGGCAGCACAGCAUACAAUACCGCCAAGAUGUCGUUAACAAACUGCCGCUUCUAUGAGGAGAAGUAUCCGGAGAUUGACAGCUUUGUCAUGGUCAAUGUCAAGCAGAUUGCCGACAUGGGUGCUUACGUCAAGCUGCUCGAGUACGAUGGGAUCGACGGCAUGAUUCUGCUCUCCGAGCUUUCGAGGCGUCGUAUCCGAAGUAUCCAGAAAUUGAUUCGGGUUGGUCGCAACGAGGUUGUCGUGGUGCUGCGUGUCGACAAGGAGAAGGGAUAUAUCGAUCUGUCGAAGCGUCGAGUGUCGCAGGAGGAUAUCGUCAAAUGCGAGGAGAGGUACAACAAAAGCAAGAUGGUACACUCCAUUAUGCGGCACGUUGCCGAGAAGACUCUCGUGCCCAUCGAGAGCUUGUACGAGGCGAUCGCCUGGCCGCUGAACCGCAAAUAUGGCCAUGCCAUUGAUGCUUUCAAGCUCUCAAUAACAAACCCUGAGGUGUGGGAGGACACCACUUUCUCGAGUGAGGCGGUUGCGGAGGAGCUUAAGUCAUAUAUCAGCAAGCGGUUGACGCCGCAACCGACCAAGGUGCGAGCCGAUGUUGAAGUCACCUGCUUCGCCUACGACGGCAUCGACGCAAUCAAGACAGCUUUGAGGACGGCCGAGUCGCGCAACACCCAAGACAACCAGGUCAAGGUCAAGCUCGUCUCUCCUCCGCUCUACGUUCUUACCAGUACGUGCUUGGACAAGAGCUUGGGAAUUGCACGAUUGGAGGAGGCGAUCGUCGAUAUCAGGACCAGCAUCGAGUCAGCUGGAGGCAAGUUGAUUGUCAAGAUGGAGCCCAAGGCCGUCACCGAAUCCGACGACGCCGAGCUCCAAGCACUCAUGGAGAAGCGCGAGCGCGAAAAUGCUGAGGUUAGCGGUGAUGAGAGCGUCAGCGACAGUGACGACAACAUGCCGGAGACGAUGUAAAAUACAGUAACUGGCAUGAAGGUCAGGUCAGGUCAGGUCCAAAGUGACCCUCUGGAACGCAAUCAACGGUAGUCUGAUACGGGAGCCUUUGGCCACAUGAAUGGUCCCAAAUUAUUGCAACUUUUGGGUGCCAAACAGGAGGGCUACUAGUGAAGCUCUUCAAGGAAUAUGAGGAACGCAAUGGAAUGGUAGACUUCUUUUUUUUUCUAUUUUUGUAGACUGCUUGCUUGAUGCAUAUCGGGGGUUUUCAAAAGCGUUGAUGUGUUUUUAAGGGACAAUGAACAUUAUGAGCACAAAAACCAUCGACACAUGCCGGAUUGGUCAUAAACUUUCCUAGACUGAAACGCCCUGAAGGGGAUCGUGUGGUGGUGGGCUUGCGGCGAUUAUUGAGGCCGAGGGAGACAUUGGAUUUCAAAGAAAGAGCGUUGAGGAUGAAGUAGAUCUCGACAUUACUGUUGCCUUUGCUGGGAAAAAGUACAUCUCGAGGAA